GCGCAGGUCGUGUCUUUGUUCUACAGAACGAGGAGACUACUCAUGCAUGAGUCUUGAGAGAUGGCACGCUCGAAGAUGGCUCGCUCUGGAGGAACCACGUGCUAGCGUGUUUUGGCAAUGCCAAGACCAAUCUCUCACGCAGAACGUCGAGGUCCAUCAAAGCAGCUGUGUCAUUACCACAACUACCCCACCACUAUGGACGAGCAAAUGAUCUCGAGCGACACAAUAGCCGCUGAUCUGCCGAGCUUCGAUAUUGCGAACGCACUGAGGACUCCACACAACGCGCGCCUCUAUGGGGAAGUGCAGAACCUCAAGAAACUCAUCAAUGAGCUGGUAGACUACCAGACCGCACACCCUUUGAACGAGCAGGCAUCCGCCGAAAGUGAGAGGCAGGUACAGGCGGAAAUCGGCAAGAGGGAAAAGUACAUUAGGGCGCAACUCUCAGUCAUCAAAACUUUAUACCGACAAAGCGUGCUGCGUGUUCGCGAGGAGAAAGCAAACACCGCAGAUGUCAAGGCGGUGAACGAUGCGUUGAUUUUGGGACUGCACAAUCUCAAAUAUGAGGAGCAAUCAUUACGAUCUGAGAUCUCAGCUGCAGAGAAUUAUGACCACAAGUACAUGAAGCUCCCUCUCAUAAGCGCCGAACAGUAUCUCGAAGGAUUCCCUGAGCACAGAGAGCUCUCUGAGCACGAUCUCACAACGGUGCGCAUCGAGCACGAACACCAAGUCCGCCUGAAGUUGGAAGAGAGGAGACAGGAAAAGCUCAAACAGAAGCAAAAGCUUAUAGCGGAAGUCAAGAAGGGUAAAGACGAUCUCACAAAGCUCGACACCAUGGUGGAAAAGUUCAUUGAGGCUGCUGAGCCCAUCAAGAAGGUGCUUGCUACAGAGUAGUCGUCUUCUACGGCAGCGAAUAAGGCUUGGAAUUUGGCGUUUGAUACCCUAUACAGCGAACAAAAGCUCAAUCGACAGUUUUUCAGAACAUUGCCUCUGACCUCACUGUGCUGUCAAACUACACUUGCGCUGUGCAUUGCGAACCGAGGCAGGCGCAAAGCUUUGCCACUGAAAUUGGUGAGGAACAUUCCAACAUUGUUCUCAUCAAGGCACCAUUCCCGCAUAACAGUUCAGCAGACAUGUACUUCUGCACAGGUCAACGACAUCCUGG